AUGAUCAAAGAAGAGGAGGAAGAUGGCAAUACCCAGCACGGAGAGGAGCAGCUCCGUCAGCGCUAUGAAGAGCUGUGCGGCAGCCUUAACAUGGACGAGAGGGCCCGUGUGGAGGCCUGGGAGAGCUACGGCAGGAUGAGCCAGAACUACACUCUGGAGGGAAAUGCCCUGCACUGGCUUGCUUGUGCACUAUAUGUAGCCUGCAGACAAACAGUGCCAACAGUGGGCAGAGGGACCGUGGAAGGAAAUUAUGUUUCGCUCACUCGGAUCCUGACUUCAUCAGAACUAAGCUUGAUUGAAUUCUUCAAUAAAAUGAAGAAGUGGGAGGACAUGGCCAAUCUGCCUGCAGAUUUCCGUGAAAGGACCAAGAAGCUAGAGCGCAACUUCACAGUCACCGCUGUACUUUUCAAAAAGUAUGACCCUAUCUUCCAGAAGAUCUUUAAAAACAGCCAGGAGGAGCAGCCGCGGCAGCACAGGGGCCGGAAACAACGGCGCCAACCCUGUACAGUCUCUGAAGUGUUUCACUUUUGCUGGGUGCUGUUCAUCAAUGCAAAAGGAAACUUCCCAAUGAUAAGUGAUGAUUUAGUGAACUCUUACCAUCUCCUUCUCUGUGCUUUGGACCUUGUCUAUGGAAAUGCCUUGCUGUGUCCUAAUCGCAGGGAGCUUUUGAAUCCACCUUUCCAGGGCUUCCUGAGGAUUUUUCCAGUAAGGAUUUCAAACCACCAUCUGAGCCUCCUUGCAUCAUUGAAAGUCUUUGUUGCCUCCACCACGGUUUGCUUUUGGAAGUCAAAGGCAUUAAAGAACAUUUCUGGAAACCAUAUGUUCAUAAGCUGUUUGACAAAAAGAUCCUUAAAGGAAAAUCAGAAGCACUGACAGGAUUCUUGGAUCCAGGAAACUUUGCUGACAGUUUAAAGGCCAUUAAUAAAGCGUAUGAGGCUUUUGUGCUGUCUGUUGGCCAUCUGGAUGAGCGGGUGUUCCUUGAAGAUGCAGAAGAGGAGAUUGGAAGUGUAGGACGCUGUCUGAAUCCUGAUCUAGGAGCAGAGUCUGUAGAGAGGGCCCAGGUGUCUUACCAUUUGCAGCAACAUUUUGACAGGAUGAAGUCGCUGAGGAUUUCCACGCCACUCACCUCCUUAAAAUACAUUAAAGAAAACAAUCCGUACACCACGCCUGUGUCCAGUGCUACAUACAGUGUCAGUCGCUUGUUUGGCAUCCUAUCAGGACUAAAACCUGCUCCGAGCGAGAAGCUACUCCAGAUGAUGAGAUCCUGCUCAAGAAACCCCUCACAGAUGAUCUCAAAAUGUCUGAAAGAUAUGUUUGAUGUGUUUUUGUGAACAUGCUGUGUCUGAAGGAGGAGAGACCCAGUACUGCAAAGACAUUGCAAAGAAAUACUUCAAGCUGGCAGAGGUGCUGUAUUACAAAGUUCUGGAAUCCAUUAUUGAGCAGGAGAAGAAACGACUGGGUGAUGUGGAUCUCUCUAGUAUUCUGGAGCAAGAAAUCUUCCACAAGUCCCUUCUAGCAUGCUGCCUCGAAAUUACCAUCUUUUCCUACAAGCCUCCAGGCAACUUCCCUCAAAUCAUGGUCAUGUUUGACUUGGCACCCUACCAUUUCUACAAGGUGAUUGAACUUCUUAUUAAGGCAGAAGAAGGCUUAUGUCGGGAAGUGGUAAAACACCUUAACCAGAUAGAGGAACAGAUUCUGGAGAGUAUGGCGUGGGCAGAAGAUUCACCAUUAUGGGACAAAAUUAAAGAUAACGCAGGCAAAGUUCCAUUGUGUGAAGAGGUUAUGCAGCCACACCACUUUGAAAGGUCUGCUGGUAACAACACAGCCAGUUCCUCAGCUCCUCUUACUCCAAGAAGAGUCAAUGAAAUCCGUGCAGAUGCAUCUGGCCUAGGAAGGAACCCCUCUUCUUCACCCACAUUAUGUGAACGAUACAGCUCACCUGUUGCUGGCACAGCUCGAAGACAACUCUUUGUAGAUUCAGAGAGCCCAUCUGAUGGAGGAAGCCCAGCACAAGCUUCUCCACACUCUUCUGGUGAAACAACCACCCCACCGGUUCCUGGGCAGACACUAGUAACAAUGGCUACUGCUACAGUUACAGCAAACAACGGGCAGACGGUCACCAUCCCUGUGCAAGGUAUUGCAAAUGAAAAUGGAGGGAUCACAUUUUUUCCAGUGCAAGUUAAUGUGAGUGGACAAGCUCACAAUGUGGCUAGUGCCAUACAGCCAGUCACAGCCCAGACCCUUGUUGGCUCAUUAACCACUCAGCAGAUGCAAGUUGCAGGACAAGUAACUCUCCCACAAGUCUCUCCAGGACAGCAAAGUCUCUGCAGCAAAAUGAAGAAGGCAGGAUCUUUGUCUCUCUUUUGUAGAAGGGUUUACCACUUGGCCAGUGUUCGUCUUCGUGAUCUCUGCCACAAGUUGGAGAUUUCUGAUGAUCUUCGUAAAAAAAUCUGGACUUGCUUUGAAUUCUCUCUCGUCCAUCAUUCCACUCUGAUGACAGACCGACAUCUGGACCAGCUUUUGAUGUGUGCAAUAUAUAUGAUGGCUAAGGUGACAAGAGAAGAUACGUCUUUCCAUAACAUUAUGAGAUUUUAUCGUAGCCAGCCCCAUGCACAGAGUCAUGUUUACAGAAGUGUCCUAAUAAAAGCAAGGAGAAGACGGCAAUCUGGUGGUAGUGACCAUUCACCUCCAGAGAACAACAGAGAACUUGGGAGCAGAGAGCCGAGUCCAGUAAUGCGAUCCAGUAGCACUUUACCUGUGCCCCAGCCGAGCAGUGCCCCACCAACACCCACACGACUAACUGGAGCCAACAGUGACAUGGAAGAGGAGGAGAGAGGAGACCUCGUUCAGUUUUACAACAACAUUUACAUUGAAAAAAUGAAAAACUUUGCAAUGAAAUACACACAGCCAAAUGCGAAUGAAUCGACACCUAUUUCUCCCUAUCCAUCCAUGCGGAUCCUGUCCCCGCGGCGUGUGCAACUGUCUCACAGUUCCCUGAUCUACAUUUCUCCUCACAGUGAAGAAAGCACCAGCUCAUCACCUCGAGAAAAGAUCUGCUACUACUUCAACUUAAGUCCAGCUAAGAGAUUGCAGGAGAUUAACAGUAUGAUCAGAACUGGAGAGACCCCCACUAAAAAACGGGGCAUUCUGCUGGAAGACGGGAGUGAAUCACCAGCCAAGCGGAUGUGCCCAGAAAACCAUAGUGCCCUUUAUAGGAGACUACAAGAUGUGGCCAAUGACCGAGGAAAUUUCUGA